AGCCACUCCUCGACCAUGGCUUGUCGCCCGAAAAAAUUGCGCACCACACCGGACAUCCCCUCUUACAACCUUGGGAUGCACCACUACCGCCGGUUCCUCUUUAACCGUGGUUCACCAUGUUUACGGAAAAUCCUACGUUUCGACGAAUUUUUUCUGACGAUGCCCCUCAGUUCUGUAGCUCCAAAACCAGACAACAAUGGCGGCACUGAAAUGGCCAUGAAUCAGACGAAGAAGAUGGAGGAUUCUAACACUAACACUUCUUACCAGAAUUACUGUCUGCAGAUGAACUCUCACAGCUUCUUACAGCACUCUUUAUACCCCAUAGUUCUAAAGUUCGAAGAAAUCGUUUAUAAGGUGAGCUGUGGAAGAGCAUCGAGCGGGAACGAAAAAACGAUCCUCGACGGCGUCACCGGGAUGGUCUGUCCCGGCGAGAUACUCGCAAUGCUCGGCCCGUCGGGCAGCGGGAAAACGACGCUGCUGACGGCGCUCGGUGGCCGUCUCUCGGGCAGGCUCUCGGGCAAGAUCAGUUACAACGGGCAGCCGUUCUGCGGCGUGGUGAAGCGUCGAACAGGGUUCGUCGCGCAGGACGACGUUCUGUAUCCGCACCUGACGGUGUUCGAGACUCUGUUUUUUACCGCCCUUCUGAGGCUCCCGAAAAGUCUGACGAAAGACGAGAAAUCGAAGCUCGUCGAGCACGUGAUCGUCGAGCUCGGGCUGACGCGAUGCAAGUUUAGCAUGAUCGGAGGCCCGACGUUUCGGGGGAUUUCCGGCGGGGAGAAAAAGCGGGUUAGCAUAGGCCAAGAAAUGCUCAUAAAUCCGAGCUUGCUGCUGCUUGACGAGCCGACGUCAGGGCUCGACUCGACGGCGGCGCAACGAAUUAUGACGACGCUGAAAGGGCUGGCGGGCGGCGGCCGGACGAUCAUCACGACUAUACAUCAGCCGUCGAGCCGGCUUUACUACAUGUUCGAUAAGGUUGUCUUGCUGUCCGAAGGCUCACCUAUUUACUACGGCCUCGCAUCGACGGCUCUCGAUUACUUCUCGUCGAUCGGGUUUUCGACUCCCUUCACCGUGAAUCCCGCCGAUCUCUUGCUCGAUCUCGCUAACGGGAUCGGACCCGAACAAGGCGUCGAGAACGGCGACAGCCCUCAGAAGGAUCCGUCUGAUGUAAGAGCGACGUUGAUGUCUGCUUACGACAAGAAAAUUUCGACGAGGCUGAAGAUCGAGCUCUGCAGCUCCGAUCUCGGGAGCUUUAAUUACAAAGAGACGACGUCAAGGAUCGAAGCGACAUCGGAAAAAUGGUGCACAACUUGGUGGUAUCAGUUCAAGAUUCUUCUUCUCCGGGGGCUUCGAGAACGACGAUUCGAAGCCUUCAACAAGUUACGAAUCUUCCAAGUCCUAAGCGUUGCGAUUCUCAGCGGGCUUCUAUGGUGGCGCACACCGUCAUCGCACAUUGACGAUCGAAUCGCGAUGCUAUUCUUCUACUCGGUUUUUUGGGGGUUCUACCCGCUCUACAACGCCGUUUUUACGUUCCCACAAGAACGGAUGACGCUAAUCAAGGAGCGAUCGUCGGGAAUGUACCGCCUCUCGGCUUAUUUUCUCGCGAGAACGGCGGGGGAUCUUCCGUUAGAGCUUGCGCUCCCGACGGCGUUUACGUUCAUCUUUUAUUGGAUGGGCGGGCUUAAACCCGACCCGUCGACAUUCAUCCUCUCUCUUCUCGCCGUUCUUUUUAGCGUUCUCGUCGCGCAAAGUCUCGGCCUCGCGUUCGGGGCGAUACUAAUGGAUGUCAAGCAAGCUGCGACUUUAGCCUCCGUGACGACUCUCGUAUUCCUCAUCGCUGGGGGUUAUUACGUUCGACAAAUCCCGCCGUUCAUCGUGUGGCUAAAGUAUCUCAGCUACAGCUACUAUUGCUACAAGCUUCUACUCGGGAUUCAAUACGACGACGACGACUACUACGAAUGCGCGAAAAACGCGUUUUGCCGCGUCGCCGAGUAUCCUCCCGUCAAAUCCGUCGGUUUAUCGAAUCUUUGGAUCGAUACUUCGAUUAUGCUACUAAUGUUGGUCGGGUACCGGUUUCUCGCGUACAUUGCCUUGCAACGGGUACGAUGAAUGAAUAAUCGACGGAUAAUCGGUUCCUCGCGACGACAAGAAAGAAAAGUUUUUACCAAUUUUUUUUUUUGUUUCUUCGGCCGAGAAAUAAACGUCGAACAUCGCUAAAAGCUUCGUGUAACGAUAUAUAUGGUGCACACUUUUCAAACCACAUAUUCUGAAUAACAAACAUAUGUUAGAAUGU